UGCUUUAAAACUUAUAAAAAUGAAAAAUAAUUUUUAAUGGAAAAUAAUUUCGAUUUAUAUUCGGAAGCGGCGACAUUUCUUGAAUCAAUAGCGUUAACUGUAUUUGAACAGAGAAAUAGCUGUUCAAAAAUUAAUUGUAUUGAUAAAUUACAACUUGGUUGGUUAAAACUGCAACAAAUUAUUGAAAAAGAUGACGAACUAAACAUAAAUAGUUUUAUGAAAGCUAGUUUAGUCGAAGCCCAGAAUAUGUUGAGGUAUUUGUCUGAAAAAUUCAACGAUUCAACUAAACCUAAAUAUUCAGUUAAUGAAAAUCCGCUCUCUGAAAGUAACAGUACAGAUGCUCAAAGAGAUUCUGUUAUAGAAAGUACAAUUUUUAAACAAGGAACAAUUACUUUUGAUGACAUCGCCGGACUAGACGAGGCAAAAACGCUUUUAAAAGAGGCAGUCGUUUUACCUUUGCAAUAUCCGCACUUAUUUACUGGUAAACGAAAACCGUGGAGAAGCAUUUUAUUAUACGGACCUCCAGGGACAGGAAAGUCACGCAUGGCUCAGGCGGUUUCAUCUGAGAUAGAGUGUACAUUUUAUUCAGUAACAAGCUCAGAUCUUUUGUCAAGUUGGUUUGGUGAGAGCGAAAAGCUGAUUAAAGAACUUUUUACGCACGCGCGAACACGAAGCACACGCUCUGUUAUUUUUAUUGAUGAAAUUGAUAGUUUAUGUCGAAAAAGAGAUUCCAAAGAAGCUGAAACUACUAGACGAGUUAAAACUGAACUUUUAAAACAAAUUGAAGGAGCUAAUAAAGUGAGCGAGGCUGAUAUAUUCUUUCUAUGUGCAACUAAUUGUCCUUGGGAAUUAGAUACGGCAUUUCUUCGACGUUUUGAGAAGCGUAUUUUUAUUGCUCUACCAGAUAUUGAAUCUCGAAGACAACUUUUCAAAAUACACUUGGGGGAUUCCUGUGUUAAUCUUAAGGCCGAUGAAUGGCAACGGUUGCUUGAUCUUACAGAAGGAUAUUCUGGUAGUGAUUUAGCAACAUGCAUAUCAGAUGCUCUUCUAGAACCGAUUCGUGAUCUGCAAGAAACAGUAUUGUGGAAAUGGAGCGACGACAAAACAUUUUUAAGACCGGCAGAGGAAAAUGAACCUGGUGCUGUAAGCUUACAUUUAAAAAACAUACCAAAAGAAAAGGUUCAGCCAAGAUCAGUUACUUAUCAAGAUAUAAGAAAAUCCUUAAAACUAAAUCAACGGACAAUUUCUUGCGAGGAGUUAGAGCGAUAUGAAGUGUUUACAAAAUCAUUUGGUCAAAUGGGUUAACACAAUUUACUUAAAAUUACAGAAUAUAAAUUUUUAGUUUA